AUGGCAGGAGGACAGGCCACCUCUAGUUAAGGCUCAAUGAAUAUAUUUCAUUUCAUCUACAAGUCAGUUCUCCCUAUUUCCUUCUUAGGAUUGGGAGAAAUCGAAAUGUAAGUAGGCAAGAAAUGAAUUGUUUUGAGCUCUAAUCUAGUGGUCAACCCAAGCUGACUCGAGAGGAAUUGCUUGUCCAACUUGGCGUAUUGAAAGAGUGCGUUCUACAGCUAGAAAAAGCUAUAGAAAGUAUCAGCAUACCAGAACGAGACCAGCAUGGCGUGACAACCGUUAAAGUCGGCAGUGUGCGAGGUCAAAAUGGAGAGGAUAAGAGCGAAUGCGGUUUCCGAGAGAAACUGUUUCCACGUGGCGCAGCGAUCUUGGACAUCUUUGAGCAAGCUGGAAUCACUGUGGACAAGUACAAGGGCUUGAAAGAUGCUUGCGAUAAGGUGAUAUCGGCAUUGGCGAUGCAGCGCGGUGCAGGUGGCGCGUCGGAUGUUCACAGCCGAUCAGCAAAGCAUACGGAGAAAUUCUCCAGAAUACUUGCAACCCUGUUCGGCAGUGAGGAGAAGUUCCUGAGUGAUCAACAACAAAGUGCGGCGGCAGCUGAACAAAGGUUAAGAGUGCAGUUUGGUUGAUUUUAUUUUACUAUGAAAGUUGUAACAUCAGGAUCAGCUACAUGAUUGACAUCAGCUGUCUUUCGUAGGCACUCACUCAUCCACCAAAGGCAGCGUAGUACUAAAGAUGAAGAAAAGUGAUGCCCCCUCUAAAGGAUGCCAACCCAAACGUGAAUUUUCGCCAACGAGGAACGCCGAUAGAGCAGCAGAUGGCAGCGCAGCAAGAAACUAGCACAGCGACUCUUAUUGAGGACUAUCGCAUAGCAAGGAGAAAAAUGCUGGAUGAAAACUACAGAGUCCAGAUCAUUGAGGAGGUGCAAGGCGCUACUACCAGCGCUUCAAAGGAGCAGAAUCCAGCAGCAAAGAAACGAAAGGUUCAGCUUGGGUGGGACAUCGAGAACACCCUCGAGACCGACGCACGGGAUGAAGCUAGUUUCCGCCGGACACUGUUUUUCUGGUGUUUCACCUCUCAACCGGCUAUGCAGGAACUGAUCGACCAAGGUGUACGCAGUGUGAUUAUCACCUCCGGAACUCUCUCGCCUAUGGACGCAACGAAAAAAUCUCUAGGAGUGCCCUUCAACGUAGAGCUGUUAAACACACAUGUGAUACGGCAAAACCAAGUGUUGGCAUCGGUUCUACCAAGGGGUCCGACGAAUUGCGAGUGGUUGGCAACGUAUCAGAAUCGGCAGAAUGAGUCGCAAUGGGGGAAGUUUCUUAUGAUGAUAUGUUGUGAAACUACUGCUGCACCUUCUCAUACAUUUAAUGUAGAAGAGGCCGGUUCUGUUUUAUCUUUUCCGACAUGCUCACUGAUCUUGGUUCGAGUUCCACCUCAUCUGUGUACUUACACGUGAAAAUAUCUCCACAUCUUCAUUUCCCUUUCCGAUCUGGGUUCCGGUCUGGCCAAUUUCGCCAAAGUCUGUCCUGCAGGGAUGCUCAUCGCUUUUAGCAGUUACUCGCAGAUGGAACAGAUUGUGAAGCAUUGGACCAACUCUGGCGUCAAGGCUCGUAUCGAGACCAAUUCCAAAAAGAAGAUGUUGCAGGAACCACGUCGCGCAGUGGACCUGCCUAAAGUUUGGCAGGAGUAUCAAGCUCUUUGCGAAGAGGGACAGCCAGGCGCGAUCCUGUGUGCCAUUGCGCGUGGCAAGCUGACAGAAGGUGUGGAUUUCAGCGACCGGCAGUGCCGUUGUGUAGCCGUGGUUGGACUGCCGUAUCCGAGUCUGCACGAUCAACGUGUCGUCCUGAAACAACAGUUUUUGCGCGACACUGGCGUUUGCGACCCAGGUGAGUGGUAUCAGCAGCAAGCGCUGAAGGCGGUGAACCAGACGGUGGGUCGCGUCAUUCGCCACCGAGGAGACUUCGGCUGUGUGCUUCUUUGUGACAAGCGGUUUGCCCAACCCAGAGUAAACGGCGCACUCUCAGCAUGGCUGCGUGGGUCUUUGCGGGUGCCACCCGAGCUCACUACAACAGGAGGACCCUCUCCUUUUGGAAAGGCGUUCAAGGAAGUCCAUGCGUUCUUCUCGCAGUUCUCAGGUGCGGCUGACGUCGCUCAGCUAGCAGCAGCACUAGGAGGCACAGAGGCAGGAAAAGGAAUGGAAACUACAACAGGUGGUAGUGAGACUUCUCUAGUGAACUGCACUUCGUCUUCUAGUAGGGCCAGUACUGCUCUGCCUCUAAUGAAUACCACAAGAAGUAGUAUCCAGAAAGCUACCGCCUCUAGCACCGGAGAUGAGUCAAAGCAGAUUUUUGUACAAGCAGAAGAUACCAAGAACUACAUUAAGAAGCCUCCUACAACCUCGACAUCCCUCACAAGCAACUUGCCAGGAUGGCAGCAAAAGUGGGAUAAGGAGGAAUGGACAAAACAAGCUGAGCAGCUGCUAGAUGACGAGGAUUUCGACGAGUUAAAGAAAGAACUCCUUCCAGCGCUUCGGAGAGAAUUGCCUGUCAUCGUCAAGCAUCUACAAGAAAAUCCGCAGAAAGCCCCAGCAAACAUCGAGGCGAUGAUACAACGACAGCUUUCUUCGAGGGCGUCUAGCACAGAGGAAAACAGCGUCAAUGCUCUGGAGGAAGGACAGACUUCUACGGAACAAGCUACGGAACAAGCUGACAAAGACAAAACGACAUCUGCAUCAUCAUCAUCAUGGACUCAACAACACGAUAAAGGACCCGUUUUUUCUGCGGUUUCUGGAUACUGUCGUGCGAUGCAGGAGAUCCGGGUAGUGCUGUUGCCAGCUCUCUGCUUUGAGGAUGACUUUAGACGAAAUGCGAGGAAGCGGCUGGUCUAUAACUUUAGUUAAGGCUACUUGCCGUAAUUCAUUGUAAGAGGCAUUUCUGACACGUCUUCAAUGGGGAAAUGCGUCAAAGGUGACCUCCAAGAUGAAUUCCAAGAUGAGAGCUCUAACGUAGACAGUUUGUGCAUCCGAAAUUCCGUACUUUCUGGGCUCAAACAUGCAAGGAGUGGAUCCAGGAGAAGAGGUUGGGUUCAUGGGCUGAGAAUAUCUUCUAAUACAUAGAAGUACACGCACAGCCACAAGAACAACAUAUAGCGAACAAUAUUUCUGAUUCAGCAUGAACCUGUGUUGAUGUUGUGGUAGAUGAUGCUCUCGCUUGGAAUGCAACAAAAAAUCCUGGGCAUGAGGAAAAGUGAAAUUCUGCCGUCUGAUCCUCCGACACCUGAGCAACUGAUGAAAGAUAUGUCGUGAACAAGAUGAAUGUGCUGUUCUACUAUUCCGCUACAAAAUUCCCUAAUGUCAGCUGGUGCCUUGAAGAACAAAAAUAGCCGUGCGUCUUUUACCCGUGAAAUCUAAAUUGUAUGCAGC